AUGAUGUCACGUACUACGUUAUUUAAAAUGACAAAAAAUGUUAACAGCUGGUCGCCUGUUCACCGAACGCUUUUGACUAAACAAAAUAUGGUGUCGAAAAAUAUUUAUACUGCUUAUCAAGAUUAUUUACCAACAUUAAUAGACAAUGCAUUAUCUCAUAAAAGAUUUGAGAGGCUUCCCGAAGUAAAAGACCGAAUAAAGAGGAUUUCAGAAUAUAACAUUAUUGGCGGUAAGCAACUCCGAGGUCUAUUAACAUUGUUCACAUACGAAACGCUCAAAAAACCUGAUCCAAUUAGUGAUGAACUAUGGGAGGAAGCCUUUAAACUAGCUUGGGCUAUAGAAAUGUUACAAGCAGUUUUUAUAAUUUCUGACGAUGUGGACGACGACGCUGUGACACGACGCGGAAAGAAAUGUUGGCAUUUGUUACCUGACGUUGGUUUAUUAGUUAUAAACGAUGUCAGUUUGUUUCGAAGCUUUAUUCACGAAGUGUUGCGGCAAAAUUUCGGUGACAAGCCCAACUAUACACAAAUUAUAAAUUUAUUUAAUGAGACAAUUUUCAAUACAUCUAUGGGUCAACAUUUGGACUGCAUGUUAAAAUAUUUGAAAAACCCCGGUGAUUUUAAUGACGAAAAUUAUAGAAAAAUGUCUAUUUAUAAAACUUCUCAUUAUACGUUUCGAUUACCGAUAUUACUAGCAAUGAUACAUUCUCAAAAAGGAACGAAGGAUUCGUAUCAAUACAUCGAUAAUAUUUGCGACGAAAUUGGUAUCAACUUACAAAUGCAGAACGACUUCAUGGAUUGCUUCGUUGAUGAAAAUUCGAUGGGUAAAACGGGUACCGAUAUUCAAACUGGACAACUGACCUGGUUAGCAGUUGAGGCACUGAAACGAUGUAACUCUGCUCAACGAAAGGAAUUUGAUCUUUGCUAUGGUAAUCAAGAUCCAGUUUAUGUGGAGCGAGUACGAAACUUAUAUAAAGAGCUUGGUUUACCGCAAGUUUACCGUCAAUUGGAAAAAACCCGGUAUGAGAAGAUUUUGAAACAAAUUAAUGAUUUACCACCAGGCGCUGUACCUAAUCCUGAGGUCUUCCUUAAAGCUCUUGAUUUGAUAUAUAAUAAAACUCAAAUAAUAAACUAUUCACAAAAUGGUAAAAAUUAA